UGUUGGUGUUGUAAGCGACGUCAACACCACGACGCCACACUCACGCCGCCUCCACCUCUUCCACUAACCACCACAACAACAGCCACCAGCAACCCACACCGCCAGGGCAAUAGAGAGCGUGGUCCCAUUGCCUAACUAGCCCCAUAAAAGCCCCCAAGAAGAAGAAGAAGACGCCACACUGUCACGCCGCCUCCUCCUCGUAGAAGCUCCACUAACCACCACAACAGCCACCAGCAACCCACAACGCCAGGGCAAUAGAGAGUGUGGUCCCAUGCCAUAACGAGCGUCCUUAAAGCAUUGAAGAAGAAGAAGAAGGCUCCUCCACAACACAAGGACGUUGACACACCAAAUUGACACAGCAUGGCGGAGGAGGGGUGCCUGCUGGUGAUGGUUGUGGACAUGCACCCACAGCUGGCUGAGCACGACGCACACACCUACUUCAACGCUGUCGUGGCGUUCGCUAACCUCCACCUGGCAGCCAACGCGCGGAACUCCCUCGCUGUGCUGGCCGCCAAUCACCUGGAGUCACGGUUCCUCUACCCAGGCUCCAAUGAAGAUGGGGUUGGGAGACAGAAGGACGGGCGGCUGGAGAUGCUGGGACAAGUGGACCGGGCCAUUGAGAGGGGCGUGAGGGCCAUGGCUGAGGCGGCCGCUAGCACCCCCACCAACCCUGAACAGAAUGAGUCCCUUCUCUCCGGGGCCAUGGGCAGGGGGCUCCUCUACAUCAAGCGCAAGGAGACCGAGGAGAUCCUGGCCAAGAGGAUGCAAGCCAGGCUACUUGUGCUCAAGAUAUCCUCGGACACGGGCAGCCAGUACCUGACCUACAUCAACACCUACCUCACGGCCCAGAAGUCCUCGACGCCCGUGGAUGUGUGUGUCAUAGGGGCGAUCAUGGCCUCCUGCAGCAGGGCGCAGACAUCACCGGCGGCACCUACCACUGUGUGCGCCAGAACACCCCGCCCGGACACAGUGGACUACCGCGCGGCCUGCUUCUGUCACCGCACGCUGGUGGACAUGGCCAGCGUGUGCUCCAACUGCCUCUCUGUUUACUGCAAGGCCGUCCCGCUGUGCACCACCUGCAAUGUUAUCUUCCAGACGGACCGACCGCUCGUACGCACGGGCAAGAAGAAGAAGUGAAGUCGUGAGAAAUGCUGUCCAGCCUCUCCCUGUCAUGGAAACACAGGACGUAGGAGGACAGGGAUCACAGACCAACAUGACAAGACCUGCUGGCUAGUGACUCCCUUGGGCUGGGCGUCACCUUCCAAGUCUUCCAGCACACUCUGGCAGCUCAGCAGGACCUUCCCCCACUCCAGAGGCACAUCUUAUCACCAACAGUCUCCAGCAACCUGUACCACCCCUGGGGCUCUGUACGGCCUGCCCAGUCCAAUGUAACACUGAGAUGGAAGGGGAAAGGUAUGGUGCCUGGUCGUCCCCCGCCGCUGCUCUCGCCAGGGAGGAGGGGCAUGUGUCCAGCUCAAAAUCUCUUGCCAGGGUGGAGGGAUGUCUUGCAGAGUGGUUAAGCAACCUGCCUAUCCGACACACUUAAGGGCCGCUCGU